CCCACGUGUUUGCAUGGUUAUGUACAGAGUUGAUGUUAGAAAAAAAAAUCUAAAUAGUGUUUCUUAUUAUUAUUAAUUAAAAGUAUUUAUUUUCGAUAAUAAUAAUGGGUAAAAUAGCACGAUUGGGUAGUAGAAAAAAAGCAAAACGUUGGCCAAAAGGACAAAGUUCUAAUUCUAACCCUGAAACAACAAAACAUCGUGAAAAAGCCACAUGGAUGUUUUUUAAAGAUUUUGCUGGAACACCCGGUAUAACAACAGAAGAUUUACAGAAACAUGAUGCUAUGCAAAGUAUUCUACCUCGAUUAAAAAAUGUAGAAAUUGGUGAUGACGAUGAUGAUGGUCAAUCAGAAAGUGUCAUAGAUGGAACAAUUGAUUCUGUAAAAUCAUUUGCCAGUACUUACAGUAAUUGUACACACAUGUCUUUCAGAGGAUUUUUAGAACAUUUUCAACCUAAAUCAUUGAUUCAAAAGGAAAUGUUAGCUGUAAUAUCAGCGGUUACAGAAGUUAUUAAACAAAAUGGUGGUACUGGAACUACUACUGAAUACUUUGGUGCAUUGAUGAGUACCUUGGAAGCAGUAGAUACCGAUAUAUCUGUUGCUGCUACUUUAUCUUUAUUAGGAAUGGAAUUUAAAAGUGUACCUAUUAAUGUACUCAAUGCACAAUUUAGUGCAGUUAGCAAAGUUUUUCUACAAAUAUUAACUAAAUAUAUUGAAGUUGAACAUUUUCUUAUAAUACGACACUGUAUCGGUUGUAUUUCGUUGUUAUUACGAUUUCAAGAAGCUGCAGUUUGGUCCAAUUCUUCAACGACACAAAUAUUAGAUGCAGUUCUAACAUUUACUAUUCACAGUAAACCGAAAAUAAGAAAAGCUGCACAAUAUGGAAUAUGUUCUUUGCUUAAAGCAAGUUAUAUUAUGACUCGUGAAGAUGCUCCUACGUAUCAUCCAGCUGCACCACAUGUUGCUAAACAUUGUAUAAAUCAAUUGAACGCAGCUUGUGAACCUGGUGGAAUAACCAGUGUUCUUCACAUUCUUGUUCUACUUAAAGACAUUAUACAUGUAUUACCAAAAUCAUACGUAAAGACCAUUUGCGAAGAACUUUUACGCAUUAUGGGAUUAAACAAUGUUUUGAUAACAUCAUGCUGUUUACAAGUAUUACAUGGAUUAUUCGUGUCUAAACCAUCUGAAACAAUAUUACCAUCACAAAGAAAUGCACAAAUCAUAACUGCUCUUUAUGAUUAUCAACCUCCUGCAACUGAUGCUCAACCAACUCUUGCUUGGUUGACUGUUAUGCAAGAAGCACAUUGCAAUCUCAUUGAGAAAUGUCCGGAUACGUGUGCUGCCAUUAUGCCUCGAAUAUUUGGAAAGUGUAUUGAAUUAUGGUUCUCUGAUAAACAAGAAGUUGUAUCGGGUACUUUUCAUACUGUCAAAGUACUUUUACAUGAUUGUAUUAGCCAUUUAUGUAAAGAUGAAGAAACUGGAAAAAAAUACAAAACAAUACUGGAUCAAAUAAUUUGUAUGAUGCAUGAGCCAGCAAAGAAUCAACAUCUUGACACAAAUAAACCAUUUGACUGUAUACUUUAUUCCAUCGAAUUGCUAUUUCAAAUAACUGGCAAAACGAAAAAUCCACAUCUCAUAGAUAUUUUAAAAACUUUAGGAAAGUUGUGCGAUUUGAACAAUUUUACGUAUACCUCAGCAGCUGAAAAUGCAAUUGGAGCAGCUAUAAAAACACUUGGUCCUCGUAUAGUUUUAAAAACUCUACCUGUUCAAACAACGGAGGGUUCUUUAAAUCUAGAAAGAUGUUGGCUGUUUCCAUUAUUGAAAGAUUCCAUUACUUGUGGAUCAAUUUCAUUCUUCACGGAAAUAUUAUUACCAUUAGCAGUGUUUUGCAACAACAAAUCCAAAGAACCGGGUGGUAAAAAUUAUGAAUUAUUAGUAACACAAAUCUGGGCAAUAUUGCCAAGUUUGUGCAACGAUGCUGAUGACGUUAAAACAAAUUUCAAGGAUAUUGCUAAAUUGUUGGGAUCAAUUAUUAGCGGAGUUAAAGAUUUAAGAUUGUCAGCAAUGUCGGCUUUAAGAAAAUUGAUAGUAAGAGCAACGGAAAAUAAUAAUACUGAAGAUAUAUCGGAGCUUGCACGUUUUGCCAAAAAUUAUUUACCAGUUUUGUUUGUUUUGUACACAAAUAAACCAAGAGGAACGGACGAGGAGGGACAUCGUUUAGCUGCAUUUGAAACUAUUAAGAUAUAUUUGAAAAUAACACAACAACAAUUGAUAUGUGAAUUAUUUGAUAAAGCAUUAGACAAAUUAAAGGGCACUGAGAUAGAUGAUUAUACAAAAGAAAGUAUUUACGAUUUGAUAAGAUUGUUGAUUGAAUUUACCGAUGUUUCUAGAAUUAAACAAUUCUAUGACAUGUGUGUACCAUAUAUCCGAGAUAAAACUAAAGGAAAAGAACAGAAAAAAGCUUACAAAUUUUUGGAAGGAUUAUGUGGCAGUGAAAAGGAAAUAUGUAAAACUUUCUUUAAAGAACAUAGACAGGAAAUUCAAAAAUUAAUGAUCAGUUCUGCAACUACAUUAGUUCAAACGAGUAAAGGAGCUCGUAUAAGAUGUUUGAUACAUCUCGUGAAAAUUCAUCCAAAACUAGAGAAAUCCAAAUUUUUGCAAGCUAUCAUUCCAGAAGCGAUAUUAUGCGUUAAGGAUAUAAAUCAAAGAUGUCGAACUUCGGCGUAUCAAUUGAUACACGCCAUUGCUGAUGUAUUUUUACAAAAAUCAUCAAAUCUCGAAGAAUAUAUGAAAAUGUUAAUAAUAGGUUUGGCUGGUGAACCAAAAUGUUGCAGUUGUACUCUACUUGUUUUAGCUUCUAUGAUUUAUCAUUAUAACGAUUCUAUUGAAAAGGAAACUUCAGAAGAAAUGUUACAACACGCGUGUUCCCUUGCAAUUAGUCCAACAAGAGAAAUAGCUGAAUCGGCAUUAUCAUAUAUUAAAGUAUUUAUUAGUAUAACCUCGAAUGAUUUAAUUGCAAAACAAUUACAAAAAAUAGUGAAAACAUUGACCGAUAUGAACGACAAUUGUAAACGACACUUUAGACAAAAAGUACGAGACAUUUUUACCAAAUUGAUCAGAAAAUUUAGCAUUAAAGUCAUUUCUCCAAUGAUACCAACGUCAGACGUAAUACUUCAUAAGAGAUUGAAAAAUAUUAAUAAGGUUGAACAACUGAAGAAAAAGAAUAAGGAAUUGAAAAAAAUGAAGAAAAGUGAGAAAGAUGAUGACAAUGAAUUUAGUGCUAAGAAAAGACCAAAAAGCAUGGAAGAUCUUUUGGCAGACAGUGAAGAAGAAUACGGUGAUAGUGAGGAUGAAGAACCCAAGAAAAAUAACAAAAAACGAACAUCAAGAAAAGAAGCUUGGAUCAAAGAAAAUGCUGAAAAUAUUGUUGAUUUGAUUGAUCCUACAACUGCUAGGAAUAUAACUACAACAAAACCUGGGACUAAUAGUAAUAUGAACGUGGUACCUAUAAAAAAACCAAAAGAACCAAAAGAUUAUGGAUUUAAAAUUGCUCCUGAUGGACGUUUCAUUAUUAAGGAUGAUAAUCAAAAGGAUGAUGAUGAGGAUAAUGAAAUGGAAAAUAAAAAGAGAAAAUAUAUGUUAUCUGAAAAUGAUUCAAAUGAUGAUUAUGAAGAUGAUGAGGAGGACAAAAAAUCGUUAGCAUCAGUGGACCCAGCAAGUCGAAAGAGAAAACAUGGCGCUAGUUCUGAUACUACAAGUAUGAAGAGUUUUGGUUCAUCGAAAUAUCGAGCUGGAGGCUCAGGUAUUCAUCGACCAUUAAAAGUAAGAAAGGUAGAACAAACGACACCUGGUUCUGAGUACCGUGCACAUAAAGCUGGAGGUGACAUCAAGAAAAAGGGUAAACCAGAUCCUUAUGCUUAUGUACCAUUGACAAGAGCUGCUCUAAAUAAAAGGAAGAAGAAAAAGAUGGCGACGAAGCUUCGUGGUAUUGUAGCUGGUGCUAAGAAAGGAGCACAAUUUGGAACGAAAAACAAACGAAAUAGAAAAUAAUCACAAAGAUCAAAAUCAUCUUUGAUUAUGUUUGAUUACUUAAUUUUUUUUUUUUUUUUGUAAGAAGUCAAUUAAAUAUAUAUG